AUGGCGACCCGCCCUACACUGCAGGUACCUCUGCUUGCCUUGCCGAGGGCCUCCUCCGACGAUGCUAUCACACCAUCCGAGGCGAACAGUCUGAACCCCUUUUUGAGCGCACCGCCAUCUGCCUGUGGGCGUAGCUCAGCGUCAAGCGCCAGCUUUUUCGACGACGCGGAAGCAAUACUACGGCCGGACCCAGGAACAGAGGCCGACUUUCUUGUCAGCGACAAUCCAUUCGCCUUCAGUCCAGGCCAGCUUAACAAAUUACUGAAUCCGAAGUCGCUACAGGCCUUCGUAGCCUUGGGAGGUCUGCGUGGUAUAGCAAGCGGCUUACGCACGGAUACCGCCUCUGGUCUUAGCGUUGAUGAGACUAUGGUUCAUGGAAAAAUCUCGUUUGAUCAGGCCAUUCAUUCUGAGAAGGCCAAAGAUUUCGAUGGCGCCUCAUCCUCGUCCAAUCAGUCGGCCUUUGCUGACCGGAUACGUGUCUACAAGAAAAACAUUCUUCCUGCCAAGAAGGCUACACCAUUAUGGAAGCUAAUGUGGGCUGCAUACAAGGACAAGGUAUUGCUCCUUUUGACAGCAGCAGCCGUCAUCUCCUUGGCUUUGGGUCUGUAUGAGACGUUGGGUGCCAAGCACGAACCUGGAGCACCCACGCCCGUCGAUUGGGUCGAGGGUGUUGCAAUCUGCGUGGCAAUCAUUAUCGUUGUUGGUGUUGGAAGUCUCAACGACUGGCAGAAGGAGCGAGCCUUUGUCCGUCUCAAUCAAAAGAAGGAAGACCGCGAGGUCAAGGCAAUUCGGUCUGGCAAGUCUCUCACCAUCAAUGUUGCCGACAUCCUUGUCGGCGACGUUCUCCAUAUUGAACCAGGCGACAUGAUCCCAGCUGAUGGUGUGUUCAUCAAUGGUUCUGGUGUCAAAUGCGACGAAUCGUCAGCCACUGGCGAAUCUGACGCUCUCAAAAAGUCUGGUGGUGAUUACGUUAUGCGACUUCUUGCGGAAGGUCAGGCCGAUGUCCAUGAUCUCGAUCCGUUCAUCAUCUCGGGUGCCAAGGUCCUCGAAGGAGUUGGCACUUAUCUCGUCACUUCAGUGGGCGUCAACUCCAGCUUCGGCAAGAUCAUGAUGUCGGUUCGUACAGAAGUUGAGGCUACACCUCUCCAGAAGAAGCUGGAAGGGCUUGCUAGCGCCAUAGCACAGCUCGGUGCGAGCGCAGCGGGUCUCUUGUUCUUCGUUCUCCUUUUCCGUUUCUGUGCCGGGCUUCCUUCUGAUGCCAGGACUUCUGCUGAAAAGGCUUCUUCUUUCAUGGAUAUCCUCAUUGUGGCGAUUACUGUUAUCGUGGUUGCAGUUCCCGAGGGACUGCCCUUGGCCGUCACCCUGGCAUUAGCAUUUGCGACAACUCGACUGCUAAAAGAGAACAAUCUUGUGCGGGUGCUCCGAGCGUGUGAGACCAUGGGCAAUGCGACAACGAUCUGUUCCGAUAAGACUGGCACCCUAACUACCAACAGAAUGACUGUCGUCGCUGGCUGCCUUGGUGGUCUGGACUUCGGCGAGGAUGUGUGGUCUAGCUUGCAGACUGAAGACUUAUCUCGCAGUAUCGUCAAGGCCGAACAACAGCGCAUUAUUCAGUCUAUUGCCUUGAAUUCGACAGCUUUUGAAGGUGAAGAAGACGGAAAACCUGUAUUCGUGGGCUCAAAGACCGAGACCGCAAUGCUGCAGUUUGUUCGGGACCACAUGGGUAUGGAAGACCUUGCGAUAUACCGCGCCAACUCGACCAUAGUUCACUUUCUCCCAUUCAACUCAAAGAACAAGUAUAUGGCGUCCGUCAUCAAACUUGCUUCUGGACAGUACAGGCUGCUUGUCAAGGGUGCUUCCGAAGUCCUGCUUCAGCUUUGCUCAACUAUGUCUCUUGCAGAUGGUUCAACAAUCCCCCUGAGUUCGUCUAAAUACCAUGACCGGAUCACGGCAUACGCCGAGAAAUGCCUCCGAACCAUCGGUCUUGUUUGCAAGGACUUUCAUUCCUGGCCUCCCACAGGGACGGCUAGCAAGACCGAGCCUACUGUAGCAGAUCUGUCCACGCUUCUGCAUGACAUGACUCUGCUCGGAAUCGUGGGCAUCCGCGACCCAGUCCGUCCAGGUGUCCCUGAGGCUGUACGGAAGGCUCAAGGAGCUGGCGUUACUGUUCGUAUGGUGUCUGGAGACAACGUUGUCACAGCCAAAGCAAUCGCUGUGGAGUGUGGUAUCUUCACGCAGGGUGGUCUUGUGAUGGAGGGCCCCGUCUUCCGAACCUUGAACGAUGCACAAAUGACAGACACCAUUCCUCGCCUUCAAGUUCUUGCACGCUCCUCACCAGAGGAUAAGCGGGUGCUUGUUGCCAAGCUCAAGGCGAUGGGGGAGACUGUAGCCGUCACUGGAGAUGGCACUAAUGAUGCUCCAGCUCUCAAGACUGCUGACGUCGGCUUCUCGAUGGGUAUCUCAGGAACCGAAGUUGCCAAGGAAGCUUCCUCAAUUGUCCUGAUGAACGACAACUUUACAUCAAUCUUGACAGCUUUGAUGUGGGGACGUGCCGUCAAUGAUGCCGUACAAAAGUUCCUUCAGUUCCAAAUCACUGUCAACAUCACAGCAGUACUGUUGACAUUUGUCUCCGCGGUGUCCUCAAGCGAAAUGCAGUCAGUCCUCACGGCUGUUCAACUUCUGUGGGUCAAUCUUAUCAUGGACACAUUUGCUGCGCUCGCGCUUGCAACAGACCCUCCUACAGAGAAAAUACUUGAUCGCAAGCCCCAAGGAAAGCGCGCGCCUCUUAUUACCAUCAAUAUGUGGAAGAUGAUAAUCGGACAGGCAAUCUUCCAGCUUGCUGUCACGUUCGUCUUGUACUUUGCAGGCGCCAAGAUCCUCGGGUAUGGCGAGGAGCGUCGGCUGGAGCUCUCUACCAUGGUCUUCAAUACCUUUGUCUGGAUGCAGAUAUUCAACGAGUUCAACAAUCGACGUCUGGACAACAAGUUCAACAUCUUCGAGGGUGUACACCGCAAUAACUUCUUCAUUGUUAUCAAUUGCAUCAUGGUCGGCGCGCAAAUUGCCAUCGUCUUCGUUGGUGGCAAGGCGUUCUCUAUCACACCCAUCGACGGCAUCCAAUGGGCCAUCUGUAUCAUUCUCGCAGCCUUCUGCCUGCCGUGGGCCAUCGUGGUCAGACUGUUCCCUGACGCAGCAUUCGAGGAAAUCGCCAAGACAGUUGGGCGCCCGGUCGUGGUUAUGUACCAUGCGGUAGGAAGAGGCAUGGGGAGACUGGCACAGAAGCUGAGCAUCAGGAACAAAUCGAAAGACAGGUCGAAUGUGGAUGUUACACCAGAGAUCGUCGUGGUCACGCCGGACUGCGGGAGGAAGACGGACUUCAUUGAUCCUGAGAAGGGCUGCUAG